AUAAGAAAAAAUAUAAUAUUAAAUUAAUAUCUAUUAAAAAAAAUUAAAUCUAAAACUUAACCUGCAAACCAAAUUACAUUCCACCUAUCUUUCACUUAAAAAAAGCGUUACUGUUACUGCGACCAUGGCCACGGCCACACUUGGGAAUGCAUACACAGCCCUUGUUUCGCUGUUGUGUUCGAAGCUGGCUUCUAGUUGUUGGGAGGGACGCUGGGAGUCAGGGUACUGGGAAAAGGAGAAUGGAGGAAGCAAAAGGAGUCGUGAAGCACGUACUGCUAGCCAAGUUUAAAGAAGGAACCACACCUGAGAAGAUCGAAGAACUCACCAAGGGCUAUGCCGAUCUUGUCAAUAGGAUCGAGCCCAUGAAAGCUUUCGAGUGGGGCAAGGAUGUGAGCCUUGAGAACUUGCACCAAGGUUUCACUCAUGUCUUUGUAUCUACUUUUGAGAGCACAGAAGGAGUUGCAGAGUAUGUAGCUCAUCCUGCCCAUGUUGAAUUUGCAACUUCUUUCUUGGCCCACACAGAGAAGGUUGUUGUAGUUGACUACAAACCCACUACUAUUCGUUUCUGAUUUAUAAUGUGGAAAGCAAGAGCUGAAUUCCUCAGUAUUUCUGUUGUAAUAAAUAAUAUACUGUUGAACUUAUUUGAAAGUUGAUGUAUUCUAUGAUGAUAAUGGUGAAAGCAACUGGAUUUGCUUUGGGUGUUUUCUAAACUGGAAUCUCUUCCUAUGUCUCUCAUUGGUAGUCAAUCUUUUAGUGUUUUU